AUGAGAGAAAUCAUGUUGCAAUUGUGUACACAAUUUUACUUGAAAACUGCUAGUUUCUUCUUAUGGUUGUUUAAUUCAAUUUUUGAAUUUAUUUUAUCAAAAGUAUAUUUGCAAAAAAUCGUUUUUAAUUGUACUUGGGAAGAUCCACUUUUAGACAUUGAAGCACUUGAAUUAAGUGAAAAAGAUAAUUUAAUGGCAAUCACAUCAGCUGGAUGUAAUAUUUUAACUUAUGUACUUCAAAAACCUAACCAUAUUUAUGCGAUUGAUAGAAAUCCAUGUCAAAAUGCUAUUCUUGAACUUAAAAUGGCUUGUAUUAAAGAAUUAGAUUUUGCAACAUACUGGGAAAUUUGGGGACAUGGUAAACUUCGAAGGUUUUCUCAAAACGUUUAUCCACGUUUAAGAGUGCAUCUUUCACAAGAAGCAAGAAUCUUUUGGGAUUCUCAUAAACAUUAUUUUGAUGGAACAAGCCUCCGAAACAGUUUUUAUUGGCGAGGAUGCUCUGGUCUAUUGGGUUAUAUAGUAUCUCGGUACAUAUGGUUGAUUGGUAUUUCAAAACAUGUAGAUAGUAUAUUUAAUGCUGAAACUGUUAAAGAACAGAAAAUGAUUUAUGAAACAUAUAUUAAAAGAAAGUUCUGGACUCCUAUUCUUAUGAAAUUUUUAUGUUCUCCAUAUAUUUUUUCACUUUUAAAUGGAGUCCCAUCGGCACAACAAAAAAUAAUGGACAAACCAAUUGGAGAUAUGAUUAAGAAUGCGAUAGACACCGUUUUUUCUGAGUUACCAUUGAAAAAUAAUUAUUUUUAUCGUGUUUAUUUUUAUGGCAAAUAUACGAAAGAAUGUUGUCCAGAAUUUUUAAAAGAAGAAAAUUUCAACAAGUUGAAAGAUGGUUUAAUUAAUAGAAUUUCAAUUCAUACCACAACAAUUACAAAUUUCUUGAAAGAACAUCAGGAAAAAGAUAUUAGUAGAUUCAUUUUACUCGAUCACAUGGACUGGAUGGCUGCAACACCAAAUAUUUUGGCUGAAGAAUGGCAACAAAUUCUGGAUAAUUCAACUGAAGAUUGUCGUUAUAUUUGGAGAAGUGCUUUGUCCCACGCGAUGUUUGUUGAUAAUACUUCGAUAACAUAUAAGGAAAAAACAACCACAGUAAAUCAAUUAAUAACAUAUAAACAAAGUUUAGCAACUAAAUUACACAAAGUUGAUAAAGUGCAUACUUAUGGUGCAUUCUUUAUUGCUCACCUUCAUCAUUGA